AUCGGGGAAGCAAUGGUGGCGGCACAACCGAGCAGACCCCGGGGGCCGCUGAGCUGCUGGGCGAGCCGUCGGGGUCAGGUGCUCGCAGCGAUCUCCCUGCUGCUGGUGUCCGUGGCAGGGUCCGAGGCCAGGAUACAAGAUGACUUCAGUCUGGUGCAACCGCUGGUGACCAUGGAGCAGCUGCUGUGGGUGAGCGGGAAGCAGAUCGGAGCGGUAGACACUUUCCGUAUCCCGCUCAUCACAGCCACCCCUCGGGGCACGCUGCUCGCCUUCGCCGAGGCCAGGAAAAAGUCUGCCUCCGAUGAGGGGGCCAAGUUCAUUGCCAUGAGAAGGUCCACGGACCAGGGUAGCACGUGGUCCUCUACAGCCUUCAUUGUAGACGACGGGGAGGCCUCUGAUGGCCUGAACCUGGGGGCUGUGGUGAACGAUGUGGACACAGGGGUGAUAUUCCUUGUCUAUACCCUCUGUGCUCACAAAGUCAACUGCCAGGUGGCCUCCACCAUGUUGGUGUGGAGUAAGGAUGACGGCAUUUCCUGGAGUGUGCCCCGGAAUCUCUCAGUGGACAUCGGCACAGAGAUGUUUGCCCCUGGUCCAGGCUCUGGCAUUCAGAAACAGCGGGAACCUCGGAAGGGCCGGCUAAUUGUGUGUGGACACGGGACGCUGGAGCGAGAUGGCGUCUUCUGCCUCCUCAGCGAUGACCACGGUGCCUCCUGGCACUACGGGACCGGAGUGAGCGGCAUCCCUUUUGGCCAGCCCAAGCAUGAGCACGAUUUCAACCCCGAUGAGUGUCAGCCCUAUGAGCUUCCGGAUGGCUCCGUCAUCAUCAAUGCCCGGAACCAGAACAACUACCACUGCCGCUGCAGGAUCGUUCUCCGCAGCUUUGAUGCCUGUGAUACCCUCAGGCCCCGGGAUGUGACCUUCGACCCCGAGCUGGUGGACCCUGUGGUAGCAGCAGGGGCAGUAGCCACGAGCUCAGGCAUUGUCUUCUUCUCCAAUCCAGCCCAUCCUGAGUUCCGAGUGAACCUGACCCUGCGCUGGAGCUUCAGCAAUGGUACAUCCUGGCAGAAAGAGAGAGUCCAGGUGUGGCCAGGACCCAGCGGCUACUCAUCCCUGACAGCUCUGGAAAACAGCACGGAUGGAGAGCAGCAGCCCCCGCAGCUGUUCGUUCUGUACGAGAAAGGCCUGAACCGGUACACCGAGAGCAUUUCCAUGGUCAAAAUCAGCGUCUACGGCACCCUCUGAGCACCAUGCCUAAGGACACCAAGUCCCAGACUCUGACCUCACGGCUCUCCAGAGGGUCUGUGGAGGGGGCCUGAAACACAGCUCUUCCUCGGGACUCUAGCCUUUUGCAGAAGUAAUUUCUCUUUAACAGGGAAGUCACUCUGUUAGGACUUAAUGAAGGCCCAGCUGCCUCCAGACAGGAGCACUUUGUAGGAGGCUGGGUUUAGCCCCAUCUCCUCUCCCAGGACAAUGGAGCUGUUCCUUUUUGGGACAGGAUUGGGGCAGGGAUGGUCCCUGGAGUAUUCAACAAAUAUGAACCCGGGGAGAGGCAGGUAAGAGAUGUGAACAGGGUUGCUGAAAAUGUCCAGGGCAGAAUGUAUUUUCAGAGGAUGGAUAGGCAGGCACGCACAUGCGCACACACACACACACACACACACACACACACACACACACACACCCUUGAUUAUUUAUAAAUCAAAAUAUUUGUAACUUAAAAUUUUUAAUAAUGGAGAAAAA